CGAGCCGGGCGGGGCGGGUCUCCCUCCGUCGCUCUCAGAGGGUCUGCCGCCGCCGCCACGAAGAGUGCGUCCCUCGCUCCCUCAGUCAGCCUCGUCCGCCUUUCGUGUGACGUGAAAUCUGCCGGAGGGGAUCGAGUGUGACGAAGUGCUUGGUGUCCCGCACGGUUUAUUAUUAUAGAUAUAUGUAUUUUUUUUUUAAACACGGAACGAGGUAUUUUGAGUGCGGUGAACAAACGGCGAGGGUUGAGACUUGAGCAAGGAACGCCCAUUUUUCCCCAAAAAGUUUCCAUCACGCCGGCCAGGUUCUUUCCCCACCCCCUUGCGCUUACACAUACGAAGGGGGUCUUCUCCCCUCCCCCCCCCAAUCCCCGCGCCCUUCUCCAGAAGCCGCCCCUCGCAGCCUGACAAGACAUCAUGGUCGACAUGAGUUACGUCGAUGUCUUCCUGAGCCCCUCCACCCGGCAGUACAUCAGCAACAAUACCAUGAUUGGUAGGCUGUUGCAGGAGUUGUCGACUACGUUCUGGCGUCCAGACUUCUGGCUACUGGAUGGGAUGACGUGGGAAGACAUGCAGCCGACGGAGAAACUUCGCUACCCGGAGUUCAGUGACGUGUGGAUGUAUCCUCUCCUGUUCAGUGCAGUUUUCAUGUGCCUUCGCUUCUUUUUCGUCGAGCCGUUAGUCCUGAGUCCGCUGGCCAAGUGGGUAGGGAUAAGCCGCGUCCGGCCCAAUCCUCCGGUUCCUAGCAAGGUCCUAGAGGGUGUCUACCAAGCGCAUGGCACGUCUCCGCCUGAAUCGGUGUUGCAGGAAGCGUCUCAGGAAACCGAUCUGACGAAGAGGCAGGUGGAGCGCUGGCUGAGGCGGAGGAAAGCUCUCACGAAGCCCACGAAAUAUGACAAGUUUGUGGACUGCGGCUUCAAUUUCAUUUGCCACUCGGUCUUCUGCGUUUAUGGGUGUCUCAUCAUGUACAGCAAAUCUUGGCUGUGGGAUAUCAAGUUGUGUUGGACAAACUACCCCAACCAUGCCAUUGACGCCGAUGUGUGGUGGUACUAUAUAGUUCUCUUGUCAUACUUUUGGGCAGAGUCCUUUGUGCUAAUUCCCGCAACGGGACGCAAGACCUCGGACAAAGUGCAGACACUCUGUCAUCAUUUCUUCACUGUGCUCCUGAUGGUGUUUUCUUGGACGUGCAACUUCGUGCGCGUCGGUACACUGGUACUGUUAGUCCACGAAUGCGCAGACAUCCCUCUCCUCGCAGCCAAAAUGCACGUGUACGCUGGCACCAAAGAGCGCAUAGAGAUCCUCUUCGGCAUAUUCCUCGUCCUAUGGCUGGUAACUCGCUGUUACCUCUUCCCCUUCUGGAUAAUGCACAGUAUUUUCACGCAUCCUUCUCCUUAUUUAGGCAUGCCAGCUGCUUACUUCCUGAAGGCGCUGAUAUGCGGUCUCUUCGUACUAAAUGCUAUCUGGACAUACCUGAUCGGUGCCAUACUCGUCCGGAAGCUGUGUGGCGGUGUGCUCGAGGACAUGCGCUCAGAUGCCGAAGAGUCGUCAGAUGAGGACGUUUCUAACUCCAGGAAGACAGACUAAAAAAAUGUUCCUGUAUGUAUAUAUAAUUAUCAUGUAUAUAUAUUGUAUUGAUCUUUAAUAUAAGAAUGAGAAUUGUGAUGUCACAUAAUGCUAAGAUAUUGUGUCCAAAUUGUAUUUGUCAAUGUUUAAUGCUCCACCAUUUUUAUGCCAAUUACCCUUACGUUGUGUUUUAUUCUAUACAAAUGGAUAUCAAAGUAAUGAAAACAGUUUUCAUAAUCAUAUUAUAUAUGACUAAUAGUUCAGCGUUGGGAAACGAUUACAAAUAACACCCCAACUGAAUAACAAAAAAUGGAAACUUAAGCAAAUUAAUUUUCAUUUAUAUAUCAUAUACUCAGACAGAGUAUCCCAAGCAGCUUCACGAGAUUAGGCAACUGGUUUCUGGUCCUUUUCCAUCAGCCUCUGGAUACCCUUACAAAGUUUCCUCUUCUGAGGCGCAAGCAAG